CCGCGUUGCCACCAACAAAGCUACGUCGAUAUGAUUUCAUAAAGAAGCGCGGUUGCCAUGGGGAACGAUAGGUGCACGUGGUUGCUUCAAUUAUGUUGAUGAGUAAGCGAUUAGGAUUUUGUUUGUUCCACUCUCAGUUAGUUCAUUACUAGGUUUGCUGGAAACAGGACAUUUUAUUAAAUUUCAAUUUUGCUCGGAAAUUAUGUCUUUUGAGCAAGACAAACGUUAUAUGUACGAACGUCGCCGGAAUAUCCUGUACUUAGUUUCACACUACUUUUCCAUUGUGGGUCUCACUCAAUCUCGCCAAGCUCUGCUGGAUGAAACACAUCUCACGGAAGAGUUCGAAGUAUGUGACAAUAUAGAUUUGGACACAAUCUAUCAGGAGUAUUGCAGUUAUUAUUCGCUGAAAUUCGGAAAACAACCAAGAAUCGUCAAGAAAAACGAUUCUCAUACUCUCCAACCGAUUCCUGCCCUUCCGCAGCGUAAGCAAUCGGCAUAUAAGAAACGUCCCAAUCCUACGGUAAAGCCUCAGCCAUUGUCCCCACGUGGCGAACCGGAAACGGAGAAUGAGCUCAAAGCUUUGGGAAACAACUUAACAGUAUCUCAGGUGUUCAAUCAAAAUCAGGUGUCUCCUAGCAAAUCAAGAGAUUCUUCCGCAGUAGCUUUGACAAAAAUCAACGAAAAUGGUGCCUGCAGUGGGCCAUCUCUAGUUCCCAAUCUGAAACCAUUUAUAAGACUGCAUGAAAAUUUUACAUCAGAGUGGAAAGAAUUGGCGGACGCAGUUUGCAGAGACUUGAUUAAGAAAGACCUCUGCCAGCGUUGGAACCAAGUGAAAGGCCUAGACCUGCCGAUAAAGUUGCUCAAGGAAAGUGUGAUUACGCCGUUGCAAUACCCGGAUCUGUUUGUCGGCUUGACCAAACCGUGGCGAUGUAUUUUGCUCCAUGGUCCUCCCGGGACCGGAAAAACUAUGCUCGCUCGGACACUCUGCUCGGAAACGCGUGAUUCGAUCACAUUCUUCAACGCCACGGCCAGCACGCUGAUCUCGAAGUGGCGCGGCGAGUCCGAAAAACUGAUUCGGGUUCUGUACGAUGUGGCCCGAUUUUACGCUCCGUCGAUCAUCUUCAUCGACGAGUUCGAUGGGCUCGCUUCGCGACGAGACUCGAUCGGUGAGCACGAAGCAUCCAAACGGUUCAAAAACGAGUUCCUAGCGUUAAUCGACGGAUUGGAUAGUGGGACGGAUGAGGAGCGAGUAUUUCUGCUGGCUAGUACCAACAUUCCGUGGGAGAUCGAUCCCGCUUUCUUGAGACGAUUUGAGAAAAAGAUACUUAUUGAUGCACCCGGUAAGGAAGGUCGCUUGGCGAUCAUUCAUGAGCUGAUCCCAGUAACAACUACCUGGGAGCGGAAGCUGCUGGACAAUUUGGCGGAAAGAACGGAGAAUUUCACGGGAGAUGAGAUUCGGAUCGCCUGCAAGGAAGCUUCCAUGAUGAUGAUACGAGAGAGAAUCGAAAAGAAUUGCGACACCAAAGGACAAACCUGUUCUAAAUCUCAAGCCGACGAAGUUCAAUACGACCAAUUGUUGAGCGCGUUACAACAAAUUCAACCUGCCACCGUUCCGCUGAUUGAGAAACACCGCGAGUGGAACAUGAAGUACGGAAACCAUGCAUAAUUCU